UAGAAUGAAUAAACUAGUGUUUGUUAUUGUCAUCGUAUUAAGUAUACUUGUUAAUAAAGGAGAGAGUUUAUACUGUUACAGAUGUAACAGUAAUCACCCUGGGUGUGGCACACCUUUAAAUUGGUUAUGGUAUUGGGGAGAAACCUGUCCAGAAUACGAUGAUAAAUGUGUAAAAAUUAUUGAACGAAAAGGAGCUGACACCAUGAUAACAAGGGAAUGUUUAAGCUCUGUUCGUAGCUUUAGAACAGACAUUCCAGCUGAUCGAUAUGAAGGCUGUCGGCCAGCUGCUAAAGAUGUUCGAUUAGGACAUUAUGUGAACAAUUCUAUUUGGCAAUUAGAUAUUCAUAGAGACUACUAUGAUGAAGUAACAUGGUGCUUUUGUUACUUUGAUCAUAGGUGUAAUAAUGCUGCCGGUAUUGGUAUUUCAAUGAUAUUAUUAUUUAUAAGUAUUGCAGUACAUCAAUUUGCAAUAUAA